GGGCCAGGCCUCGAGUACGCCGGCUCGCUCUCGGACUGCCUCCGGCACUUCCCCGUGCGCCGGCCCGAGUCGCCGCGCGGCCGCGCGGGCGCGGCGCAGGAGGGGCCCCCGCCGACGGAGCGCAGCGCGGGCGAGGCCGACGGGGAGCGGGCGCGGCUGGCCCGCGAGCGCCUUCGCGGGGCGCCGGUGGUCUACCAGGGGCGUGCGUCGCACCCUCGGCUCGGCACGAACGUCGCCAUGCAGCUCGAGCUCUUCUCGUACGGGCGCCGCGCGCGCGGCGUGUGGUUCAUGCUUGGCAAGAGCGUGGACGUCGCCGCCGAGAGGACCGGCAAGUGGCCCCUGAUCGUGCGCUCUGUCGGCGGCGGCACGCGCGCCACCCUCUUGGGGAAGGAUGUGGCCCUCCAUCGCGUGGCUGGGGAGUUCUUCCUCGGUGCCGAUGGUGGCGGCUCCUUCGAGCUCCUGCAGUGCCUCCAGAUCUCUCUGUCGGCCGAGCCUGCCGACUGGGGCUCGUCCAGCCACUGCGGCUCAUCCUGCGCGGACUCUUCGGAGGCCCUGGCCAUACAGGAGCCAACUGGGAACUACGGGGUCAAGCUUCCGGUGCAGUCCUCAGGCACGAAGGCGCCCGUGGACAUCUUCACUUCGGAGGCGCAUCUCGCCGAGGCACUUGUCGAAGUCCUCAAGAUGUAUCCCGCUGGCAUCGACCUGGCCCAGCUCAAGCCAGCCAUUCACAGGAGCUCCGGCAUUUGGGUCUCCGAGGCGCUCCUUGGCUACAAGAAGCUCCGCGAUCUCAUCAGGUCGCCCAGCCUGUCCAAGGCGUGCCGUUUCCAGUGCCAGGGCAGUGGCAGCCGCGUGUUCGGGUGCACCUCGGCGGUCCAGGCGGCGGGCCACCUGCUCUGA